AUGACCAACGAGAUCAUCCUGUCGUCGCUCCAGAGCUCCGGAAAAGUUGCGGUGGUGGCGUCUGAAGAAAACGAUCUCCCCGUUUGGUUGUGCGACGAUGGUCCCUAUGUUGUUGUCACCGACCCGCUUGAUGGUUCUCGCAACAUCGAGGUGUCGAUCCCCACUGGAACGAUAUUUGGAAUAUAUGAUAGGCUGGUGGAACUCGACCAGCUUCCCGUGGAGGAGAAAGCUCAGCUCAAUUCGCUGCAGAGCGGUUCUCGCUUGGUCGCUGCUGGAUACGUCCUGUAUUCAUCUGCCACCAUUUUCUGCAUCAGUUUCGGUGCAGGAACCCAUGGCUUCACGUUGGAUAGAUCGACAGGAGAAUUUGUUCUGACGCAUCCUUCCAUGCAAAUACCCCCCAGAGGACAGAUAUAUUCAGUGAAUGAUGCGCGGUAUUUCGACUGGCCAGAGGGCCUGAAGAAGUACAUCGACACGAUCAGACAAGGCAAGGGGCAGCAUCCCAAGAAGUACUCUGCUCGGUACGUGUGCUCGCUGGUCGCUGACUUUCAUCGGACGAUCAUAUACGGUGGAGUCGCAAUGAACCCGAGGGAUCACCUUCGGUUGGUUUACGAGGCAAAUCCUCUCAGUUUCCUUGCCGAGCAGGCAGGGGGGCGAGGCUCAGAUGGCAAAACCAGAAUCCUGUCCAUUCAGCCUGUGAAGCUGCACCAGAGGCUGCCAUUGUUCCUGGGGAGAAUGGAGGACAUGCUUGAGCUAGAAAGCUACGGAGAUGUCCAGCAGAAGGUCAAUCCUGGAUACGAUGUCUAA